AUGACUUCUACUUCUGGUAGUUGUAGUAGUAAUAGUAACACUAACACUAUAGAUAUUCUGAAGAAAACAGAUGCUCAGGUUAGUGAAACAACAAUUAGUUUAUCUGUUGAAGUGGACAAUAUUGAACCUGAAGGUAGUUGUGGGUCAAAUGAGUUAACUAAUAUGCUAGUAAAUGAAACCAUUUUCGAGAGUGACCCAGUUAAAUGGGUUAUUAACGACGAAUUUCGCGACUAUGUUGCAAAAAAUGGUUUUAAUCAAAAUAUGACAAACGGUUUUAUCAACUCUAAACGUGUAUAUUGUGAUAAAACAAGAUAUUUGACCAACAUUAUGUUUAAUAGACGAUUGAUUAAUGGAGAAAUAAUUGUUCGUUCAUGGUUAGUUUAUUCUCCAAGUUUAGGAGUAGUUUUUUGUGGGCCUUGUCGUAUAUUUCAAACAUCUUUAGAAACUCAACUUGUUACUGAAGGAUUUAAUGAUUGGAAAAAUGCUAUUAGCCGUUUCAGUUACCACGAAAAUAGUAAAGAGCACAGAGAUGCUAUUAUUAAUUUAAAACAUAGAGGUAAUGUCUUGGGACGUAUUGAUUAUUCAUUGAUUAAACAAUUAGAUACAGAAAUCGAAUAUUGGAGAAAUGUGUUGAAGAGGGUAGUCGAAACUAUUAAAUCGUUAGCUUCUCGUGGACUCCCUUUCCGAGGACAUGAUUCGUGUUUUGGUUCUGUACACAAUGGUCUUCCUGUAGAACGAUUCUUAUGUUUUGUUUCAAAUCCAGGACAUAAAGCUUUAGAUUUGACUAAUGCCAUUACCAAUACUUUAAAAUCACACGAUAUUGACAUUUCUGACUGUCGAGGGCAAAGCUACGAUAAUGCUAGUAAUAUGUCAGGUCAAUACAGUGGAGUUCAGGCACGAAUUAAAGAAAUUAAUCCACUUAUUUAUUAUGUACCAUGUAGCGCACACUCGUUAAAUUUGGUUGGCAUAUCUUCUGCUGAAAGUUGCUCACAAGCAUCAAUGUUUUUUGGAUUUAUACAACAAUUAUAUAACUUCUUUUCCGCAUCAACGCAUAGAUGGUCAAUUUUGCAAUUAAAUAUGAAACAUAAUGCUAAUACAAUUAAGAGUUUAUCGAAUACUAGGUGGUCGGCUCGCGCAGACGCAUGUCGAGCAUUAUAUAAUUCGUGGGACGAAAUUAUUAAUGCAUUGGUCACUAUCAAGGAUGACAUUUUCGAAAAAUGUGCUACGCGAAAUGAAUCAAAUGGUCUUUAUAAUCAAAUGCAAAAAUUAGAAACAUCAUUUAUGGUAAUUUUCUGGAAUUAUAUAUUAGAACGAUUUAAUGCAUCAAAUAAGCAACUACAAUGUGUUGAAAUUGGAAAUGAUAAAGUUUCUCAAAUUUAUACAUCACUUAUUAAUCUAGUAAAAAAAACCCGAGAUAAUUUUAAUGAAUAUGAAACUAAAGCUAAAAAAAUAUCAAAGAUUACCGAGUACAAUGUUGAUAUAACUCGACAAAAAAAAAAAAAUUACACUUCGAUGAAAAAUCCGAACAAACUGAGUUAA